AUGGUACAAGCUAUUGAGGAGGAAAACAGUUUAGAAGAGAUUACCCAACUGGCGGACCACAUUCGGGAAUCGGCAUCGUACUUAUGUCAGGCUUCUAAAGAUAUUAGCAGAAUAGCAUCGCGCACAUCUGCAUCGGCCAUAUCGGCUAGACCGAUUUUAUGGCUCAGAGAAUGGCAGGGAGACUCCGAGACCAAAAAGGCGGUAGAAUCCAUCCCCUUUGGGGGGAUGUCCAGGGACAAGCGUCCCCGUGUCCCCCCUUCCCCCCACUCCUCAGAAGAAACGUGGGACAGCGUCGAGGAGUGUGACCCAAUACAGGAAGUCUAUAUGGCAAGCCAGCAGAGGACUUCAAGAGACCCCAGACAUCAAAGGAAGAAAUCCAAGAAAAGGACAACGCGACAGCCGACAAGUCGUCCAGAACAACCUUCAGAAGAGGAAGCUUCAGCCGAUGAAUCCGGGAAGAAGAAUCCGCGCGGACCCCGGUACAGCGGGGCGGAGAACUGUGCCUUGGUUGAAGGCGUCGACAGGUCAUACGAAGUUCUGUAUGGAUCAAAGGCACAGAAAACGGCCUCAAAACAGAAGAGGAAGAUUUGGGAUGCCAUCACGGAGAAAGUAAAUGCAGUUUCUGGAAACCACCGAGACAACAGAAAUUGCAUGAAGCGAUACAGCGACUGCGGAAGGCAGACGAGGAAGAAGAUGGGGAUGCAGCGACGGCACGAGAUGGGAACCGGAGGAGGACCGGAACUGAACAUCCGAUGGUUACCCUGGGAGGAAAUGAUAAAAAGAAGGAUGAACUCUAUCGUGGUUCAAGGAACUCCAGGGAUUGUGGGCUCUGCACUCCGAGCUGCUAUUCCUGAAGAGGAAGAACCUCUAAGAAGAACCAAGAAGUCAGCAGGACCACAGAUAUCGGGACCACAAAGGGCCCGUGUUGUGUCCUCUAGGCGGCCAAGUCUUCUAUCAACUCGGGAAAAAGAAUCCACCAGGAGUAAACCGCAUGAUACCCAAGAGCUUCCAGCACCAGACACAGAAGAAAGCAUGACCCUGGAUCCUCAAGCCAUUCCCAGACUGUUAGAGUCAUCAUGCGUCACAGACAACACAUUGAAGGGAUUUAAAGCCAGACAUUCUGAAAGAUCUUCAGUCACAAGCAGAAGAUUGUCUGGUAAAGUGUUGGAACCUCAGGAUGAAGGAGAAAAGAUGCCACAAUCACAAUCCAGCACCAGAGCAUUGACUGGGAUUAGACAUUACUUCAGGCCAAAUUUGCGACAGGAAGAAUCAGAUGAAGAGGAUAUGGAUGUUCAGCCAGCUGUUUCUACACCCCUAGCUUCACAAAUUCGAUUGGUGGGAGACUUCCAGCAAUGGCAGGAUCCUUCCAUAGUUCAGAGGUUACAGAACCUGAUAGCAGAGAUUCAUCAGCGCCAAGAUUCUUUUCGGGAUGUUGUAAACACCAGACUGGAGAACAUCGAGAAGACAGUGGAGAGAAUGGCGAACAGUCUGGCUGAAAUUGAAAAGGGAAAGGGGGCCCCAGAAAUUGAAAAGAACAGGCAAGAAGAUCAGAUGACGACCAUGGAAAUCCUCAAUAUUCUUACUACAUCCAUGAGGAAGCUGGAGGAGAACAAGACAUGUCUAUACAACAGUUUAAGGGACAUGUGUGAGAGCCAGAGACAGAUAGCGGCAAGCUCCAUCCUCAUCGCUAAUGUUCUCAAGUUCAUCAGUGAAAAACUCCCAUGGACAGCACAAUAUGGCACUUUACCACCACCACCACCACCACCACCAGCUGAACAGACUCCUUAUGCCUUUGCUCCAGCAGGACCCUGGUAUGGACAGUCACCCUGGUAUGGACCGCAAUACCAAGGGUAUCCCAAGAUGUACCCCAUGUUCCAGCAGCAUCCACCAUCAACAAUGACACCGGCUUCAGUAGCAGCAGCAUCAUCUGCAGCACCAAGGCCUCCCCAAAGACAUAAAGCACCACGAAGGACACCACCACGUCAAGAUCCAGAAGAAGAAGAAGAUGACCAGGGUACCAUAGACUGA